AUGCUGAACCAGCUCGACACGGGAGACUCCAACUUCGAUGUGGCUUGCCGAUGGCUCAAAGAGAAUGAAGCAUCUUGGUCUUCGUGGCUGCCGGAAAGGGGCAAGUGCUUCUCUCAAUUUGGCAUGUACAGCGAACGGACGGAGACGUUCUUGAUGCAGCGCAAUGAUUCUGAUUCUGCUAUAACUUGUAGAGCCUGUCCUUCAGGCUUUUACUCAUCUCGCCUCGAAGAUGAUCAAGGCAUCACCUUCAUUUGCCUGCCGUGUGGGAGUGGAAGCUUCCAAGCUUCAGGAGCCGCGACUUUGUGCAACCGCUGCCCAGUUGGAGCGUACCAGAACGAGACAGCCAGUCUUUCGUGCAACCGCUGCCCAGUUGGAGCGUACCAAGAUGUGGAGGGAGGAAGUCUCUGCAAAAUGUGUCCUCCGGGUACAAGCACUCGACUUUUGGGAUCGGUCUCCAUUUCAGAUUGUGGUUGUGAAGCUGGAUCCAUCAACAUUGCGAAGAGUGGCACUUUCGAGUGCGUUCGAUGCAUGUCUGGCUUGGACUGCCCGUUCUCAUCUACACUGGAGGAUCUCAAGAGUGGACAAUCGAGUAAUGGUCCGGAUUUUGUUCCGAGAAUUCGAAAAGGCUACUAUACAACUCUGGAGGAGCCUUUGGAGGUUCUUCAGUGCAGACCCGAAUCCUCGUGUCCAGGUGGAGCUCCAGGAAGAUGCAACAAAAACCUUGUUGGGACGCUGUGCGCCGUUUGCCUUGAAGGGGAGACACAAACCUUGACCAGCAGUGGAUGUGAAGAGUGCGGUGCCGCCGUGGUCGGGUGGCUGUUUGUGAUCCCUGUGGUCAUGGGGUUUCUUGUUGUCACAUAUUACUUCACCAACUUGGAGGUUGUGACACAAGCCACACCUUUCAAAGCAGGUGUGAUGACAUCUGCGAUCGCAGUCAGUGCUAUGCAAGCCUUGGCACUGGUUGGGCUGAUGUCGGUGAAGUGGCCAACUACGUUCCAGGGUGUCUCAUCAAAUGUGCAAAUUGUGUUGCUGGACCUCGAUGGGAUGGGCUUGAGCUGUUUGUCAGGAAGCGACCCUUUGGCACGCUACCUGAUGGUGGUGUUUAUCUUCCCAGCCGGCUUGAUUUGGAUUUUCAUGUUUUGGUCUUUUACAUUGGCUCUGGCCAAAUGUGUAAAGUGGAGAUGGUUCAAACCGUGGAAAUUGCACUUUACCUUGAACACAGCAGGACUUGGAAUGCAGUUAGGUUAUGGAACUAUGGCUGCCGUAGCUAUGAAACCUCUCAUGUGCUAUAGCCAUCCCAAUGCUCGUCAAAGCCUCAUCACCUACCCGAACCUCUUUUGCGGCGAGAGAGCACACAGUGUCUUGCAAGUCGCAGGGAUCAGUUUCCUUACGAUCUUUGUGGUGGGUUUUUUCGUGAUUUGUUCCUAUGCAGCUUACAACAUGCCACGGUGGUGCACUUCUGGUCAAAGAGAACGACUGCAGAGUUUUCGUUUCUUCAUGGGAAAUUUUCGCUUCGACUGCUACUGGUUCAUUCUGAUAGUGCUACUCCGCGGCUUCAGCUUUGCAUUGGCCGUUGUCAUUGGAACCAAUGUUCCACCUGCACAGACCACACUCGCGAGCCUCAUCCUGACCACCUAUGCCAUUCUGCAGUCGUAG